GCACACUAAACACACGAUCAUUGACUGUGUUGUCGCCAGUUCGGAAACAUGUCGCACGCUCGCUUAUGCAGCGAUACGAAAACCUCGUAAAACAUAAACAAAUCAUUAGAAAUAUUAAUCGUCUAUUAAAAAUUAGUGCCAUUCUGGAUUUUAAUUUAUAAAUACUUGAAUAAGACUUUAGUGAAAAUGUCGAAUAGUUACAACAUGAAGGAGUUUAGUUCAACGGCCAUCAUAACAGAAAAUGGACUGUAUCCGUCAACAAUAUCUAUUAACACAAUCAACACAAAAUGUAAAGAAAAUGAUUUGGAAAUGAGUGCUUAUGAUCCAUUCCAAAACAGAAAACUGGAACACCCAAACUCAGAUAUGCGAUCAUUUGCAAAUCUACUGAAAUCUUCCCUUGGUUCCGGUAUAUUGGCAAUGCCGGCAGCGUUCAAGAAUGCGGGUACAGUAGUUGGCAUUAUCGGAACAAUAAUUCUAGGAUAUAUUUGCACACACUGCGUUUAUUUACUGGUUAAAACUUCACAAGAAGUAUCAAAAGUUACCAGAGUACCAUCACUAGGUUACGCCGAAACAGUGGAAGCUGUAUUCGCGACUGGUCCUCAACAAUUAAGAAAAGCAUCAAGAGCAUCUAGGAUAUUUAUAGACUGGGCUAUGGCUUUCACCAUUCUUGGCGCCUGCGCAGUGUAUGUCAUCCUACUCGUGGAAUCAGUUGAUCAGAUCGUCGACUGCUACGCCGAGACUAACAAAAUCAGCAAGACAAUGUACUGCCUCAUAUUCCUGGUCCCGAUCCUAAUCUUCACGCAGAUCAAGAAUUUAAAAUACUUAGCACCAUUUUCCGGAUUCGCAAAUGUUCUACUAGUUCUCACAUUCCUCAUAUGUUUGUAUUAUAUAUGUUUGGACUUCCCACCUAUUGACGAGAGGCCGAUGGCCGUCGAUAUUGGAAGACUACCGCUCUUUAUCGGUACAGUUAUAUUCGCGAUGGAAGGCAUUGGCGUUGUACUACCGGUGGAGAACACCAUGGCUAGACCACAACAUUUCCUGGGCUGUCCCGGAGUACUGAACAUCACCAUGACGGUAGUCGUCCUCCUGUACAUGAUCAUGGGUUUCCUGGGAUACGUACGAUAUGGAGACGAAGCUUCUGGAAGCAUCACUCUCAAUCUACCGACCAAAGAAAUACCCGCCUUGACCGCGAAAGUGUUCAUCAUAUUUGCUAUAUUCUUCACGUAUACGCUGCAGUUCUACGUGCCCAUGGAGAUAGUAUGGCGGAACACGAAGGAGCAUGUCAGCCAAAAGUACCACAACCUCGCUCAAGGAAUCAUGCGAGCUGUGUUUGCGGUUCUAACAGUGGUGGCAGCAGCAACUCUCCCUCGUCUUGAACAAGUGAUUGGCUUAGAAGGAGCCUUCUUCUACUCUUUCCUUGGACUUAUCGCACCCUCCAUUAUGGACGUAAUCUUAAAUUGGGAAAAAGGCUUUGGAAAAUAUAAUUGGGUUCUUGUUAAAGACAUAUUUUUAAUAGUAUUUGGCGCUUUCGUGUUGGUCGCGGGAGUUACGCAAAGUAUUAGAGAAAUUAUUGACAAAAGUAAAUAAUUGUUGCCUAAAACAUGAAACAAACAUGUUAUGUUCUUUAUGUAAAUAUAGUUAAGUGAAUACCUAAAGAAAUUAUUUUUAUUAAGCCAACUCGUCUUAUUUUUGAUAUGGGCUUUAUUUAAUUAUAUUAUAUUGGUUAAUCAUAAAUACGCUUUUACCUUUGUGACGAUGAUACGUGAACUGUAUGUUAAUGUAUUGUAGAAAGUAUUAAAGUGAACUAUUUUGUUAUUGA